GACCUCACGCGGCGCCGAAGAAUGAGCGUCUGUGUGCGCGCAGCAAACCGCCGCUGCUGGAACUUUCACCGACCAGGGUAAAGCAGUGCCGUGAACGCUGUCCAAGAAGAGGGAUUUCGAUUCUUAUUUUCUACACCAAUGGCAUCCCACAAAGUUGGCAGCAUUCCAGGCGGUCGACUUGGGGAUGCUGAGCGCCCAAACGCAGCGCAGAGCAUCGUGACAGGCUCUUACGGCCUCAGCGUCCGUGUCCAGGGCAUUGACGGACAACCGUUUGUUGUCCUGAACAAGCAGAGCGCGGAGUGCCUUAACCACGGAGAACCCACCGGUAACGGGGUGCCAAACAGCUCCUUCCUCGACAGCUACGACGAGUACGACUUCCGAGGGCUCGGCGGGGCAUCGCACACGGACGACCCGUUCGCAGAGUACCGGUCCCAGAAGCAGAUGCAGAAGACCCUGCUGAACUUCCAGAUGUAUCCAGAGCUGCUCAUGCCCUACGACCCCGAGAACAACACACUGAGUCUGGAGCGCUGCCACGCUCCCCGACGCCGGCCAGCCUCGCUGGCUGAGCCUGGGGACGUCUACAGGUGUUCACUGCCCAGAGCCACCUCUCCACUGCUCCCUCGCACGCGCUCUCCAGGCUCACCCGAUGCAGCCGCACACCUAGAUGAAGACCGGCUGCAGCCCUCACCUGCUAGAGAGGUCUCCCGGACGUUCCCCACCAGGUCUCUGAGCACCGCCAGCAGCAGCUCCAGUUCCAGCCUGGAGCGCGGUCGGCAUGAGCCUGACGUGUUGCCCCUGCGCCGGCACGGCUCCAGUGGCCCUGUGCUUCAGUUACCCCCUUCCUGCGGCACGACCAGGCCUCCUUGUACAUACCUGCAGGAGGCGCUGUACGCAGACACGAUCAAUCGGCACGAGAACCGACGCUACAUCCCUUUCUUGCCAGGGACGGGCCGCGACAUAGACACCGGCUCCAUCCCCAGCGUGGAUGAGCUCAUCAGCAAGUUUGACAGCAGGGAUGGCCAGCAGCGCAGAGGUCGGGCGGGCCGGCGGAACCGCAUCGGCGCCGAAGAGCGCAAGCGGUCCCGCAGUGUCGACAGUGCCUUACCCUUCGGCCCGAGGGGGAAGGCAGACUGGCCGGACCGGGUCAGCAAAAUCAGCUCCGGUGAGUGCCGGCUGCUCCCCUCGGAGUCGAAACACCGGAAUGGGGUGCCACCUUCUGACCCCGAGAACUCGGAGACCCCCCGCAGCCCCGUUUCUGUCCGAGGCAACGUCGGCACCGGGGCUUCCUCACAAGACAGCAGUGGCUCUACUUCUCCACAAGGCAGUGUUUCCGUAGCAAAAACCUCAUUGCUGAGCUCCAGGAAAUUACUGAGCAAGUCCUCCACCACGUUAGCAGAGGUUGGUGGUGGGGAUGGAGAGACGUCUUCACGAACUGUGAAAGUUCUAACAAGCAUGGCAACAACGUCGUUGUCCAAGGCCCCUGUGGAAAACCACAAGAAGACAAGCGCUGAAAGAAAUGUUCAGGUGACCCCUGAUCUCUUGAAAGGUCAGCAGGAGCUCUCACAACAAACGAACGAAGAGACGGCAAAACAGAUAUUAUUUAAUUACCUAAAGGAUGGGAGCUCAGACAACGAUGACACCACCAAGAGGAAGGUCAACCUUGUCUUUGAGAAGAUCCAGACACUGAAGUCCAGGGCAGCACGGAACACCCAAUCUGCUGACACGACCGCGGAGCUGAGGGAGCUGAGGGAGCUGCAGACUCAGAAGGAGAUGCUGGAGAGGAGCGCCGCAGAGCUGCGGAAACAGCUGGAGGAGGAGACCGAGAAGCUGGUCGCUAUGGUGGCGGCCCAGGACAAGGCCGCUGCGGACAGGGAGAACAUGCAGACAGAACUGGCCAAGAGCCAGCAGGAGAGUGCAGAGCUCAGGGAGCAGCUGUCCAGGGCAGAGGAGGAGCUGCGUAAAACCACAGAGGAGCUCCGCCAGGUAAAGACGGAGAGGGAUCAGUCCCAGACGGAGGUGAAAGACCUGCAGGAGCAGCUGUCAGAAAUGCACGACGAGCUGGACGGUGCUAAGAGGGCCGUGAUCGACAGUGGGGUGAAGGAUGCCAUGCUUGAGGACCUUCUGCUGAUGAAGCUGGACUUCCAGGAGGUGCUGCAGUCCAAGGAGGACCAGGAUGAAGUGUUGCGGAGGCGGGAGCGUGAGCUGAUCGCCCUGAAGGGGGCACUGAAGGAGGAGGUGGCCACCCACGACAAGGAGGUGGACACGCUGAGGGCGCGGUACGAGCAGGAGGUGCACAAGCUGCAAGUGGCUCUGCAGGAGGCCAAACGGCGCAAUGCCACCACAUCCCAGGAGAAGGCAGCCGUGGAGGCAGCUCGGGCAGAGGUGGAGGCCCGUGCGGAGCACCUGGUGCAGGAGGGUGAGCGGCUCCGCAAACGAGAGCGGGAGCUGGAGAACGCGAUCGCCGAGCUGAACCGCGUCAUCGACGAGGCCAAGCUGAAAGAGAGCCUGCUCGGUGACCGCGUGACCCGUCUGGAGAAGGAGAAGGAGCAGCUGGAGGAGUCCAUAGUGGAGGCGAAAGGGCAGGAGGAGGAGCUGACCCGUGCCAACACAGCUUUGACCACUCAGCUGGAAGACAUACAGAAAGACUUGACCAAAGUGACGCAGCAGCACAAGGAGCUCAGUGACCAGCUGAGAGAGGAGAGAAUCCAAAAGGAGCAGCUCAAGAAGGCUAAGAAUCAGGUGGAUGAUGAGCGGCAGUUUCUGAGCAGGACCGUGGAGAAGCUGCGGAAGGAGAUGUGUCAUCUGGCAGAGGCCUCGCAGACAGCCACGUCCGAGCUGCAGGCGCAAAUGGACGAGCAGCAAGAGAGGAAGCGCAGAGAGUUUGCGGAGCUGCAGAGGCAGCUGCGGGACAAGGCUGCGGAGCUGGAGCAGUCCCGGGAGGCUUUGGACAGGCUGCAGGAGAAGCUGUCCAGGCUGGAGGAGGACCUGAGGCAGUGUAAAGAAGAGCGGGAGGGGGCGGAGCUGAGGGGGCAGAGCCUGGAACAGCAGGUGCACGACUUGGAGCUGGAAAUGGAGGCCAAGUCCCGCUCCAAGGAGGACCGGUCGAGGCGGAUCAAGCUCCUGGAGGACAGGAUCUCCCAGCUGGAGCUGGACUUGGAGGAGGAGCGUAGCAAUGGGGACCUUUUGAUGGACAGGCUUGAGCGUGGAAAGGAACAGAUAGAGCAGAUCAGGAACGAUCUCCUUCAAGAGAGAGCAGCAAAGCAGGAGCUGGAAUGUGACAAGAUGACGCUGGAACGACAGAACAAAGAACUGAAAAGCAGGGUGGCUCGUCUGGAGUGCUCUCAGGAGUCCAGCAAGGGCAGCAUGGUGUCCCAGCUGGAAGAUCGGAUCCAGGAACUGGAAGAGAAGCUGCAGGGGGAGUCAAGGGAUCGUGCCAACCUGCAGCUGGCGAACCGACGGCUGGAGAGGAAGGUGAAGGAAAUGAUGAUACAUGUGGAUGAUGAGCAUAAAUCUCUGCAGGACCAGAAGGACCAGCUCAACCUGCGCCUGAAGACUCUUAAGAGGCAAAUGGACGAGGCGGAGGAGGAGAUUGAACGCCUGGAGCACGGGAAGAAGAAGCUGCAGCGGGACUUGGAGGAGCAGAUGGAGCAAAACGAGGAGCUCCAGAGCCAGAUCAAGGCCCUUCGCAAUGAGAUGAGGCGCAAGAGUACCUCUGCACCAAUCCUGAAUGAUGACCUCGAUGACGACGACGAUGACGACGACGAUGACAUGAGCACCGAUGGAGACACGUACUACCACUCUGCUUCGGGAAACAAAUGAGUCCCGUGGAGCUGUUGGACGAACGGUGGCUUUGGACGUGGACUCGGUACCGGUGGAAGAGCAGCGGAACCCUAGUGACCGUGGCCUUUUGGCCCUCGUCUCAGGCCUGACGCAGGCGUCCUUUUCACGACUUGCCUGGAGGGCAGCUGUACGGUGACAAACGCUGCUUUGAGCUCAGCGAACUAAUUCUCGCCUCGUUACUGUCAUUUCGUAGCACGAACAUUAACAUAAUUCACAAAUAUUUUAUUGAGCCAUAUGUUUUUUAAAUUUAAAAAUAUCUUUCGUUCUUUUGCAAGAGGAUGUAACAAAACUAGACAUUUUAUUAUUUAUUGUUAAAAAAACUAAGGUG